CAUACACAUAACCAAAUUUCCAAAUAUGCAGGAUUGUUCGCCGCUCACCCCCUCGAGAUAGCAGGUGUCAAUAAUAUUACAAUCCUUGAGCGCGAGUCUCGUGUCGGUGGUCGUGUCCACACGCACUACUUUGAUGACUACACUAAGCAAAAUAAGCUGUACGCGGAACUUGGUGCAAUGAGGUUGCCACAUGUCGAGAAAAAUGGGAAACCGCUUGGGGAACACGCUCUUGUCUUUGAGCUCAUUGAACACUUGAAUAAUUUGAAUAAGAGUCAUCCAGAACGAAAAAUCGAUCUUAUUCCAUUCAUUUUCUCAAGCGAUAACGACAAGUUCUUUUACAACGGCGAAAGACUGACUCAGAAAGAUGCACAAGAAGUAAAAAAUUUUCAUCUACUGGGAUUUCCGCCUUCCGUCCGCCCAAGCUCCAUCAUGUUAUUCAGCGAAGCGUUGAAACCUUUUUUUAAACGACUUGACGAAAAUUUUGAUGAUGGCGUCAAGUAUCUUAAGAAAUAUGACCGUCACUCCGUAUAUUCCUAUAUGAAGGAAGUAUUCCUUCCCGAAAAGCUUUUACUUACGGACCUUAUGUAUCCACCACCAAAUGCUGAUGAAAUUAUCGGGGCCAUGGAAUUGACAGAAUCAGCAACAGGUCUUUUUAGGCUGGCAUUUGUAGAGGCUGUUUUGGAUGCAUACACGUUUACAAAUUCCUAUCCUGGUGAAGAUGUUAAACGAACGUGGAAGACGAUCGAUGGUGGAAUGCAGAGACUGCCCGAUGCGCUUUGUUCAGUAUUGAAACAGAGGAUAAAGCUCAAUAGCAAAGUGUACAAACUGGAACAUCUUGAGAAUGGAAAUGUAAAGGUGUAUUGGAAAGGACAACCCCCUAGUUCUGAGGAGUUCCAUCGAGUCAUUGUGACAGCUCCAUUGGGUGUUGUUCGGCAGUGGGAUUUGCCAAAACUUUCUUAUGGCAAGCGACGCGCGAUUCGCGAGUUAAAUUACGAUAACUCUGCCAAGAUAUUUCUUAGGUUCAAAUCUCGAUUCUGGGAGAAGGACGAUCGUAUGGUGGGUGGUAGCUCUUCCACAGACCUUAUGAUUCGCACAGUAGUAUAUCCAUCUUACUACACUGAUAUUUCACCCGAUAAUGAUGCUAUGUUGUUGGCAUCAUACACGUGGGCCAACGAUGCAGCCAAAUUUGCCCCCCUUACGCAGGAUGAAUGUUUCAAAUAUGCAUUGAGAGAUCUGGAAACUUUACACAACAGGAGCCUCAAAAAUGAAUGGAUCCCCGGAACUGACAACAACGUAUCCAUCUACUGGACAAAUCAGAAGUCAACGGUCGGGGCUUUCGCACUAUUUGGGCCGGAACAGCUGGUGAAUCUUCUGCCAGAUAUGCUAAAGGUAGAAAAGUCGAUUCAUUGGGCGGGUGAACACACGGAUAUUCAUCAUGCAUGGAUUGUUGGUGCGCUGAACUCUGCAGUCAGAGUUGUGCAGGAAGUGCUAAUUGCUGAAUCACGAGAAAAAGAUUGGACUGUAUUGAAAAAUCAUGAAUUACUGAGAAGCUGGAUGGGGAAUGAUAGUUAA